GGCUACGGGAGAGAUGUUACCUAAGAUCUCCGAGGAGGGGGGCAUGACAACACUCAAGAUAUUGUCACCUCGGGGUAAGCUCAUGGAACCUUCCCCCUCCCAAAGAAUGGUCAUUGAGUUAACAGAGCAACUGAAAACCCUUAAAAGCGAACUGGACAGUAGAGACAACAAUAUUGCUCAUUUAAGGUCCGCUAAUAUCUCCCUGGAAACGGAAGUGAACUCAGUUCGGAUUCAAAUGUCUGGUCACACGCUGAAAUUGGAUUCAUUCUGCAAGGACUUAUGUGAUAGAUUGGAACUAACGGCUGUAGAAGGAGAUCUGAGGGAAUUAGUCAGGGAGCGUGUGUCUAGGUUAAAAUCUGAUAAAGAGAGACUUUCUGCACAGAUUGCCGCUCAGCGAAAGGAACAUGAGAAUCGGUCUAGUGAUCUGGCGGCUGAACAAGUCAAAGUUAGUCGGCUCAAUGAUGAGGUAUGUGAAUCAAAGAUAGUAGCAGCGACCAAGGAUGAAGGUAUAAACGAUCUGAAGAAAAAGAUCAGCAAACACAUUGAACAAGAAGCAAGACUUGGAGCCCAGAUUACAACGUUACGAGAACGUGUUCUUGAACUGGAAGCUCUCUCAAGGGAGACAGAAGAAAUGCAGAUAAGAUAUGAGAUAUCUCUUGCCAACGCUAAGAAAGAUGUCGUUAACAAGGAAGAAACCUUGGAGGGUUUGAACUCGAAACUGAAGGCAGAAAGUGAUAAACUAUGUGAAACUGGUUCCAAGAUGAGCAACACACUUACUGAGCUUAAGAAGUGGCAAAACCUGUAUCUGGAUCUAUCUGCCCGGAUGAGGACAUGUCUACAAAUGGAUCCAGCCUCGGCUGGUGAACAUGACGCUGCUAUCAACAAAAUCGUAGAGCUGGUUCACUCGCUAGAAGCAAGCAAAGAAAAGAUAGAAAGCCAGGAGAAGAGCAUUGCUACCCACGAACUGGAGUCCAAAGCGAACAGAGAGACGAUAAUGAGGUUGGUAGCAGAGUGUUCCAAACAGAAGGAGCAGACAGACGGCCAGAACCAGACCGUGUCCCUGCUACAGAAAGAGAGAGAUAUGACGCUGGUUACGAAACGGGAACUGGAAAACGAAUUAACCGAGCUUAACAAACGGUUAUCAGCCAGUUCUGCGGCUCUCCAGUCCGUCAGAACAAAUUUAAAGAAGAACGAAGACAAGAUGUCAAUGUUGAACAUAGCACUGGACACCCAGACAGACGCAACUAAGAUGAGCGACCUCAAACACUCCCAGUUUAUUGACACCAUCUCUUCCGUUCUAGGUUCCUGCGGUUAUACUGUAAAUCGGAACGAACAAGAGAUAAAGGAGGCGCUAGAGAACUUUGUGAUGGCACUAAACAGGACCAAGGUUGAAAAUGUUGAAAAGCAGAGAGAGAUAGAAAGAAUAAGUACAAUGUUGUCAACUACACAAGAAACUGCCGAACGCUUCCGCCACAAAGCUGCUGAGGCAGACGCACUGGUUGAGGACAAGGAGAAACAGUACUCCGGAUUGGAGGGUGAGCUGAUAGCUGCUGAUUCCGUCCGGGACGCUCUACGGAGGGACAAGGAACAGAUUGUGAUGUACCUUGAGGAGUUGAGCUCAACGCUACAAUUAGACGGUUCUAUUUUGGAGGCUGGUAUCGAACUAAGGGACGCUAUUACAGCGAAAUGCGAGCUUCUCGUCAACAAUGAGGGAGCACUUGUAAAAGAAAGAACAGCCUCGCUGUACAACGCGCAGAGGAAGGUAAAGGCUCUGAAACAGCAGUUAGAACAAAAGGAAUUGCAGAUGAACCUACAGAGACAGAAGGUAGCCGCUCUGGAAGAACGAAUCACUCGGCUCAAUCAGGUAGAAGAUGAUAGAGACCAGGGCUAUGUGAAGCUGAAGAAAGCGCAGAGGAAUGUGGAAAAGUUCGGGACAAUGUGUCAGGAGAAGACAGUGGAGAUAACGGAACUGAAAGCUAAACUGCACGACAAGGCCAACGUGGAAGAACACCUUGCUGACGCCAAUAAUAAGAUCACUGAAUAUGGGCGGCAGGUAGCUAAAGUUAACAAGCUGAAGGAACAGCUGAGAGUCGAGCUGGACACAAUUCAGAGUGAACUUCGAACAGAGCGUAGCUAUUUGAAAUCUCACAAGGAAUUAGCGAAGGAUUCUACGACAAAGCUUAAAAACGAGCUGACAGAAACUAUGAGAACGUUAGAAGACAGCAGGAGCAGGGAGAGACAGCUGUUGGAAUUCCGGAAUGUGUUAGCUAAAGUGAUCGGUCUGGAGAUAGAGGCUACACCAGUACCUGAUUACGAGAUAAUAUCCAGACUAGAAAAACUCGUCGAAGCCCACCAAUCGCAUCUCCAAGCAUCCCAAGCACUAGAAGCUGGUUUAAGACACAUGGCAUCGGGCUUCAGAAACAGCUACGAUGAAACUAUGAGUGUUUUGAGUCCUCUCAACAAAUCAUCUGCAGAGGUCAGCAAGUGAUGGGACCUUAAGCAGAAUCACGUGACGUCAUCAUAUGCCACACGUGACGUAAUCAUAUGCCACGCGUGACGUCAUUUAAUGCCACACGUGACGUAAUCACAUACCACGUGACAUCAUAAUAAUCUCACGUGUUGACACGUUACGUUUACUAGACGUCACGAACUGACCACGUAUUUUUCGUGGAUUAUGUGAAACGAUUCCAUCGAGAUUAAGGGAUUAGAUAGGUAAAUAUUCGUUUUUUUGAGAAAGUGUUUAAGGGAAAAUAUAAUUAAAUAUAGUGUAUCGAUUUUUAUGCAUACCAGAUCAAAUAAGUUUUAAAUUUAAUAUUUGUUAGGCUUUCAGGAACAAGGCUCUUUCUCUUUAUAUAAAGCGAAGCGUUCUCAAUGAUGAUAAGAUUUCACCAUUAUUGAAUUUAGUUAACUUCAACUAAAAGUAAAUAAGAUAAUAGGUGGGCCCGCCUUGAUUAAGUUUACAAUUAUUAAUUCUAACUUUAUUGCUUAACUUAGUGUUCAAUCAGUACUUUACUCUUUUUGAUAUUGAAGUUUUUAUGUGUUGAAGUUGUUUGUAGAGAAUAUAAUUAUAUAUUCAGAAUAUAUUAUAUAUCCAGACAUAGUCACAUAACAG